AUGGUUCUGUUUACGUGUGCUACGUGUUCUACUUCCCAGGACGAAGUUGAGAUGUCUAAACACUUGUCUUCCACAAGACAUAAAAAAGUUACGUUUGAUCCAUUAAAUGAAGUCAUCGAAUGUGAAGAAUGUGAGGAUUCAAAUAUCCAUCAGUUGCUGCUUUUAAGAUUUGGGUUGUCUGACAUGGCUCUUUUGUGCCAGCUUUGUUUGUCUAAAGAUGAAAAACCUUCCACGCAAUAUUCGCUCUCUAAUGGAUCUCUUUUGAAAAAGCUUGAACAAUACUAUAAAUUCCGAGAUAUCGAGUGCCAAUUAUGUCUGUCAGAUGAUAAGUUAUACGUGGGUAAUAAUAAAUCCAAUGGAGACCAGCUUAUAGUAUGUAAGAAAUGCUUACCAGAAGUAUCAAACAAUCAGAUUAACUUUGUUAGCGAAAGUGAUGAUAAGUUCCUUUACGAAUUGCUUGGUAUAAAAGAAUUUGUUUCACCAUCUAAUGCAAAAAAAGGUAAAGGUCGUUCAAGAAAGAUUGGUAGAAAAGGAGGCAAAAAUUUUAAGGGUAAGACAGCUAGUAAGCUGAAUGGAAAGCUGGUAUCUAAAGAUGCGGAAGAAAGAAAGGCUCAUUUCUUUAAUUCUAAGGCCAAUUCUAUGGCUAUAAAAUCUGGUAAGACUAUUUUGGCUGUUGGAUCUAAUGAUACAAGUCCAUCUCCAUCGAAAUCAAAUUCUAGAGUGUCCACUCCAAGACCAACGACACCGGUCCACUCAAGGCCAAAACAAAAUACAUCAAAGGAUAAAAACAUUAACAGAAAGAUUCCUGUACCAAAGAAUGCCAAAGUUACUGGUGACAAGCCUAAAGAUAAACAUUCCAGUAAUAAAAAGACCCAGAAUUCCUCACAAAAUAUCACAGCAGCUUCACGUAAUAAUACAAGGAAGAACAACGAUAGUAAUACACCAAGGUUAAACAAUAUUUCUAAGGAAAUUGAAGGUACUAAACAAGUUAAUAGUAAAAAAACUGAAAAAGAUAUAAAUAGAAGGACUCCCGAAAGUAAGAAUUCUGAUAAAAAGGCUAAAGAUAAGAAAAAAACAGAAACUUUUCUGUCUGAAGAAACCAAUCCAGAUCUGAGUUUGCUGAAAAAGCCAGUUAAAAAGACUCAAAAACUAAAGAAUACUAGUAAAACUGAUGAUACUGGCGUAUCCAAAGAUAAUAAAAGUAGUAAACAGAAGUCAAAUGAAAAGGCUAAUUUUCACAAAUCAAUUUCUAAGUCUGAUAGCAAAAGCAUUAAGCUAAAUGAGAAAAAACCCGAGCCAUCAAAUAAUAAGAAGAAAUUAGAUAAGAAUAACAAACCCAAGGAAGAACUGCUAAUUAUUCCCUCCAAUAUCAAGAAAUAUGAGCCAUCCAUAGAGCCAAAGUUAUCUUAUGAUUCUAUGCUCUCCUAUUUCCAAGAGAUGUCAUACAAUUUGUUUUUAGAAGAAAAGAUGAGUAUGCACUCAAAUAACAAUUCAUACCUAGAGUCAAAUGAAAUGACCAUUGAAUGGUAUGCAGAUCAAGAUAAAAAGCACAAGCAAUUUAAAUUGAAUAUUCUAUUAACUGAUGAAAUAAUGAAUAGAUUUAUCUCAAAGAAAAUGCAGUCUCUCAAGAAAUCACCAUUUUCCUUAAAUCAAUCAGUGUUUUUAAUAUUGGGCGAUGAAAUUCCCUGGUAUGGUCAAAUUGUUACUUCAGAUACCAAAAGCGCCACUAAGGGCCGCCGUGGUGGUCUUAAAGUUUUGGAAAUAGUUAUUGAAUUAUAUAAAUGGAACACUCAGCCUUUGCCACAUGCUGUGAAUGUCAAAUGGUUAAAAAUCUUACCUGUUUCAAUUCCAGUUAGCAGAGUAUUCAUUGCUAUGUCAAGAAUUGAGAACCCAAAAUUUAUUAACAUGAUUCUCGGUAAGGAACCAAUAAAGCAAAUUGUAUUCAAGAAUUAUCUAAAGUUUACCAAAGAUACGUUUAAUGAAUCUCAAAAAGUCGCUAUUCAGUCUGUAUUGAAUAAUUCUAUCACUGUGUUACAAGGGCCUCCAGGGAGUGGUAAAACUUCCACUAUUUACGAAAUUAUAUUGCAAUUAUUGGACAAUUUGAAUACGUAUCCAAUAUUAGUUGUUGCAGCCUCUAAUAUUGCAAUUGAUAAUAUUGCAGAAAAAUUGCUUGCAAAACAUGGAAGAUCUAUUUUAAGGAUUGUUUCAAAUGAAAAAGAAAGAGAAUAUAACAGGGAACAUCCUUUGGCCUCCAUCUGUUUACAUCACAAAGUUUACGAUGCUCUUCCUUUGGCGAUGAAACAGACUAUUGAUGACAUGAGAAGAUUCAAUGGCCCUAAAGUCAGUCAAAACCAAUAUAAAAAACUAUUGACUAAGCAAAUUGAACUUAGUGAUAUUUUUAUAGCACAAGCAAAGGUGAUAUUCACAACAACAGUUGUCGCAGGUGGGAAUCAAUUAAAAUCGGUUAAAAAGUUACCUGUUGUUAUUAUGGAUGAGGCUACUCAAUCUUCGGAACCAACAACGUUAAUCCCAUUGUCUGUUCCUGGUGUUGACAAGUUUGUGUUUGUAGGUGACCAAAAGCAAUUGAGUAGUUUCUCCCAAGUUCCAAAUUUGUCUUUGUCUCUCUUCGAAAGAGUUCUUUUGAAUGGCACUUAUCGUACGCCUCAUAUGCUUGAUACACAAUAUAGAAUGCAUCCAAUGAUCAGUGAGUUCCCAAGAAACAGGUUCUAUGGAAGUCUAUUGAAGGAUGGUAUAACUGCUGAGGAUAGAAUUUUGGAAGGAAUUCCCUCCAACCCCGUCUACUUCUGGGACACUUGUGGAGCUGCACCGGAAGAAAGGGUUAAGAUCAAUUUCCGUGAAGACAGAGGCUAUACAUAUUCCAACAAAAGUGAAAUUUCGUACAUCACAAAAUCAGUACUAAAGUUAAUCUAUGAUAAAGGUAUACCCAAAUCUGAAAUAGGUAUUAUUACUCCUUAUAGAGGUCAACGUGACUUGAUUUCGUCAAUUCUUGUUAAAAAUGAUUUAAUUAAUCCUGAAAAAGAUGAUAUUCACGUUGAAGUCGAUCGUGAUGAUAUUUAUAAUGAAUCAAAACCUGUUACAAUUCAUACCGUUUCUGAUAUAAUGAUUGCAUCCAUCGACGCAUUCCAAGGACGUGAAAAAGAUUUCCUUAUUAUGUCAUGCGUAAGAUCCAACAAAGAAAACAAUAUAGGAUUCUUGGGAGAUGAAAGGAGAUUAAAUGUUGCGUUGACUAGAGCAAAAUACGGUUUGAUAAUCAUAGGAGAUGUGCACUGUUUACGUGAAAGUAACCCAUUAUGGAAGGAAUAUUUGGAUCACUUACAGGUUCAUGAUUCAAUACAUAAGGAUGAUGAAUUUUUGUACUAA